CUGUAGUCGUCUCUGCACGAGCACGAGGCAAGAUUCAUCAAGAGUGAGGAUUUAUUUGACAGCUACGUUUUAAAAGCACGAUCUGAGUGGCUGACAGCAGGAUACUUCUCUCCUUCCUUCAUCUUGGGACUUGAGAGAUACAGAUGGAGGGAGUGUUGAUUUUCAAAUCCGCCUCUCUUCCCAACUGUUCUUCUCAAAACUCUUAUCCUCCUCUUUCACUGGAUGCUCAGGAAGAUUCAGAUUUCCAGCCAUCUCUUACUGUGCUUCCCCCCAUGUGUGUGACAGCUGUACCACCACCACCACCUCCUCCUCCUCCUCCUCUUCCCCCUCCUCCUCCUCCUCCUCCUCCUCCUUCUUCUUUUGGCUCUUGUAAUGUCCAGCGACGUUCCAUGAAAAAGCUAAACUGGGAUACCAUCCCCAGCCAGCGUGUCCUGGGCAAACUGAAUGUCUGGACGUCUAAACGGCCUCAGAGGGACCUCGUGCUGGAUAUACGGAGCAUGGAGGAGUUGUUCAGUCAUGUAGACAAACGGGCCUCGCUGCGCAACUCAAGGAUCAUGGGUCUGAAUACGUGUGAUAGCUUGGACCUCUUUGCACAAGAGCCUCAGGUCACAAUCCUUGACUCUAAGAAGAGUAUGAAUAUUGGCAUCUUCCUGAGGCAAUUCAAGAGGCCAGUGACGGACAUGGUGCAGGACAUUUGUCAAGGGAACUGGCUCAGAUUUGGAACAGGCAAACUAAAAGAGCUUUGUAAACUGCUGCCAGAAGAAAGUGAGGUGAAGCGGCUGCUGUCGUUCAGUGGGAACCUCUCGGUGUUGCCUGAGGCUGACCGCUUCAUGGUGCAGCUGGUCAAAGUGCCGGGCUAUGAGGAACGUCUAAAAGCGAUGGUGCUGCGCGAGGAAUUCUUUCCUCUUAUGGAGGAGGUGAAGAACUUCGUUGCUGUCAUGACCAAAGCAGCUAAUGAGCUGUUGGACUGUGACGAUCUCCACUCGGUCAUUCGGCUGGUAUUAAAAGCCGGGAAUUACAUGAACGCUGGUGGUUACACUGCCAAUGCCAUUGGCUUCAGGAUGACCUCUCUGCUCAAGCUGGCAGACACCAAGGCCAACAAGCCUGGCAUGAACCUCAUGCACUAUGUUGCCAAGCAAGCUGAGGACAUCGAUGCUGAGUUGCUGACUUUUCACACCCAGCUUGAACACAUUGGGAUGGGAUCAAGAGUUUGCAAAGAGGAAGUCAUCACAGACUUUGAGAGGGAAGUCAAGAAGGUCAAGGAAGCAAAAUUGUACAGCAGCAGACAGCCUGGCCUCAUGCAACAAAUGGAGACGUUUCUCGUGAGGGCUGAGGCCAAGCUGGCCGAUGUGGAGUCCUCUAUUAAAGAGCUAAAGGCUCUGAGCAAUGCUGUCGCUGAGUACUUCUGUGAAGACCCAGCUGCCUUUAAGCUGGAGGAGUGCUGCUCCAUCUUUCAUUCAUUUUGCAAGCGGUUUGACACCGCUGUAAAGGAGAAUCAAGAUCGAGAGGCUGCCGAGCAGAGGCACAAGCGGAAGGAGAGUGUGCGUUUUGCAGCCAAACGCCGCUCCACAGUGUCUUGUCCAGGACCCGAGCAGGACUCUUUAAACUUGGAGUCGGCAUUGCACAGCUUCCUCUCCUCCACUUCAGAGGGAGUGGUCAGAUGCAGGAAGAACUUACUGUCCAGAAUCGAAGGAUCCCCUGACGAGCACAGCUCUCCGACUGUUCCAUCAAAAGAAAUAACUGAGGCUACGCCCCGUACUAAACAAGACAGACAUGAGAAGAAACAACCCAAGCUUCAGAAAGAGGAUGGGAAACUAGCUGAACUAGAAAACAUAGUAAAAGCUGAGAAGAUGCGGGAGAUAACUCGAAAGGUGCUUUGCUACCAAAACAGCAAAAGCAGCCUGGAUGGACACAGAGAUUCAGACACUCCUCGUCCGUCGGAGAGAGUACAAGACACACCAGCUACCCCAAGUACCCCUCAGCCUAGAACCAGAGACUUCUUCUUCUCCAACACUGAGGAUGUGGGCUCCCCAUGGACUAUCUUGAGCCCUUUUACUUGCUCCCAAAGAAAUGCCUCCCACCGAAAUAGACGAGCACACCAACGCAGACUAUCCUCAUCGCUCGGCGGAGAUGACUUUGAAAACGAAGUCUGGGAGACUGACAAAGGCAAUUACCUCCCCACUUCCUCUGAUCUGGACAGCCUAUCUUCUCUACCUGGGGGUUUUGCGUCUCUUCCUGACUGCCCCAGUCAGAGAGCUGUGUCACAGGGUCCAAUCAUCAGGUCGGUUUCCAUGGAUGAAAGCAGGCGAUCUCCAGCAUCUGGUUUCCGGCUGGGAGACUUGUUCUUGAGAAGCAUGGCUCAAAGGUCAUACUCCUCAGGAUCAAGGACAGAAAGCAUGAGAGAAGGAGGAGCAAGAGUCUAUUCAUUGCUUGGCAGGAAGGCAGAGGAUCGUGUAGAGGGUCACGGGAGCACCUCUGGGUUUAUAUCCUUCUUCAGACGCAUCGGAGGCAAAAGCAAGCCUGAUGAUGUGGAAGACUUCCAAGGGUCUAAUACUUGAUUUAAAUGUGUGUGUGUGUGUGUGUGUGUGUGUGUGUGUGUGUGUGUGAUAUUAAAAUGUGUUUGUCUUUUUUUAUUGUUAUGGUUUUACGCUUCAAUGGAACCAAGGCAAAUGACGACUUGCUUUGAACUGUGAAGGUUUUAAUUUUGUGGAAGUCGAACCAUGUUCAAAAAUCUUUUUUUGUCUUUUUUUUGUGUGCAAUAAAGGGUGUUAUUCUA